AUGCCGUUGCGGAUCGAGGCGCCGUGGAAACCGCGCGUGAGUAGAACACCAGCCUCCCCCACUGCUUCCCGCGCAUUUGCCUCUACAGUCUCGCACCCCCACCCCCCUGUCGCAACUCCCAUUUCUCCACGCAAUCACUCCCCUUCCCCGUCGCUUUCUCUCCCCUUCCCCCUCACUAUCACUCCCCAUCCUCGGCGCGUUCCCUCCCCUUCCCCCUCGCUAGCGUGCCCGUCCCCCCCCCACGCUCGCCCUCCCCUUCCCCUUCGCAAUCACUCCCCUUCCCCAUCGCCGUCUCCUCCUUUCCCCCUCGAUAGCUCUCCCUCCACCGCUAGCACCCCCCUCCCCCGUCGCUAUCACUCCCUCCCCGUCACUAUCACUUCCCUUCCCCCUCGCGACCAUUCCCCCACCCCGUCACUGUCACUCCCCUUCGCUAUCUCAUUCUCUCCCCUUCCCCCUCGCUCGUGUGCACGUUCCCCCCCCAUUCGCGCCCUCCCUGACCCCCGUCACUAUCACUCCCCCUUCUCGUCGCGUUCUCUCCCCUUCACCAUCACUAGCACUCCCCUGUAUCGUUGCUUGCAAUCCUCUUUACCGUCACAAUCAUUCCCUUCCCCGCUCGCUAGCACUCCCAUUCCCCCUCGCUAUCACACCCCCUCUUCGUUGCAAGCACUCCCCUUCCCCUUCGUGGGCGGUCCCCCUUCCCCUCGCCGUGUACUCCCCUUCCCCGCACUAGCACUCCCCCUCCCCUUCGCAAGCACCCCCUUUCCCCCUCGCAGGCGGUCCCCUUCCCUAUCACUAACACUCCCCUCAAUCGUCGCUUGCAAUCCCCUUUCCUGUUGCUUUCAUCCCCCUUCCCCGUCACUAUCAAUCCCCUUCCCCCCUCGAUAG